CUGCCUCUUGCUAUAGUUGGUUCUGUUUGUCAUGAUGAGGAUAAUAUGUUUGGACACGACUGUAAGAAAAAGGGGGUGGCGUAUGUCUCCUUCGCCCAAUGUGUUUCCGUGAUUGUUGUUUACACCCUUGUGUAUCACAUGAUGGAGCCUCCGUUGGAGCAGUUUGAGACAGUCGAAUGGGGUGAGCAGCAGAAGUCAGUUGAGAUGAGUGGAUACCUAGUCGUGCAAGCUGAAUGGCCCGGUAUUGAUGUUGAUGGUGAUGGCAAUGAGAGCAGACAGGAAGCCGUUGGAUGUUUUGCAGCGAGGAAGAUGAGGAUCGUUGCUGAGCAAACGAUCCCCCUAUGCAGCAUAUACUUCAGCCACCAACAGUAGCUUCUCUGUU